UGUGACUGCGUGUAUGCGUGCGCGCGCGCUGCCGUCGUUGUCUGGUGGUCGGCGUCCGGGUCGGUGUGUGCGCGCGCGAUGUCUGCGCGAGGGCUCCUCCAGAUACGAGAUGUGAAGAUGUUGUUCUGGGCUGAUUUCUGAUCAGUAUGGAGGAAGCUGCCAGUCAGCUGGAGAGGGAUCAUGUUCACAGCGUCUACGAGAAGAUCGCGCCCUUCUUUAACGACAGCCGCUACAAGGCCUGGCCCAGAGUCCGGCAGUUCCUGCUGGAGCAGGAGCCCGGCAGCAUUGUGGCGGAUGUGGGAUGUGGGAAUGGUAAAUACCUGCAUAUUAAUGAGAGGAUCUAUAAGCUGGGGUGUGAUGUGUGUCGGCCGCUGGUGGACUCGGCCGGGAGUCGGGGGCACGAGGUCCAGCUGUGCGACGGCCUGCGGCUGCCCUACAGAAACGCCUGCUUCGACGCCGUGCUCUCCAUCGCAGUUAUUCACCACAUGUCGACGAGGGAGCGUCGGAUCCGGGCGCUGAGGGAAAUGGCGCGGACGCUGCGAGUUGGAGGCCGAAUCAUGAUCUACGUUUGGGCGAUGGAGCAGAAAAGGCGCAAGUUUGAGAAGCAGGACAUCUUCGUCCCCUGGAACCCCAACCCUCCCCUGUCCCCGCGGGGACCCGCGAGACGCCGCCGGCGGGGCGACGGCACCCAGAGCGUCAGCGAAGCACCGCACGACUCCGGCGAGAAGCACAGGACCGUGAGAAGCACAUCGUCUGUGGUGGAGGAGGAGGAGGAUCCGGCUCAGCAGAGGAAGCAGAAGUUGUGGUUUUUCUCCAGAUCUCUGGACUCGGUGCUGGACUUCAGCAGCCUGAGCGUUUCCCGCUCCUCCUCCAGAGACCUGAGCGCUUUCUGCAGCCCGACUGGAGAAACUAGAGGUGAAUCAGAGACCGGUGACUGCACACCACUUUCCCGAGGCAGGGGACUCAUCAGGCAGGUGUCCAGUUUCUUUUGCUCCUCGUCCUCCAGAACCAGCCUGGAGGAGGACGUCUUCGUCUCCGACCCACAAGAUCAGCUGCACACCGCGGAGAACGACGAGACCAGGACCGGAAACGAGACCGUCUCCAUCGCUCUGCUCCAGGACGGAUCCACCGUGGCCUUGCCGGACCUGGUGUCUUGUCAGAGGGAGCAGGGGGACAGUGGAGAGCUGGGACAGGAUGGUCAGGAGAGGCAGGACAGUCCUGUAUCUGUUCAGCAGGAUCAGGAGGAGGAGUGGAGUAAAGAGAAGCUGAAGGAAUCGUGUCUGAGGUAUUAUCACGUCUUCAGGGAAGGAGAACUGACCCAGCUGAUCGAGGAUCACGUGGAGGAGCUUCAGGUUCUGCACACGUGCCUGGAUCACGCGAACUGGUGCGUGGUGGCUGAGAAGGUUCACGUGUGGAGGGUUUAAUUUAUUCAGAUAUUUAUUUUAUAACUGUUUGUUAAUGUGAGCUGGUUUUAUAAGUGUGUUUAGAUUUAUUUUAAUUCAGAUGAGAAAAGUUCAGGGUCUGUUCUGAAGCACAGUGAAGGUCUGUUCCUGGAUCAGUAUUACUGAACUCCUGCCGGGGAGGAAAGGCUGGAUAUAAAAUAAUACUGAGAGUCUCUUUGAAUUUUAUUUUAGUUUUAAACACUGUUUGUACUGUAGGUCUUUAAUUUAGUUUUACUGUUUUUACAGCAGUUUAAAGGAAUGUUUCAGCAAAUAAUCAAAUUUACACAAUUUCCUUUUUUCACACUUUUUUUCCUUAAGUUUGAGUAAUUUAGUUUUGUACUGGAAUUGAGUUUAAUAUACAGUAAUAUAAACAUAUACAUUAAAUAAUAAAACACACUUUCAGCCUAGACUCGACUGAUUUAUUAGAUCUGUCUGAUUAGUCUUCCCACAACAUACAGUGCAUCCCGAAAAUGAUCUUAAAAUGUACAAAAUGUUUGACCAUUACAGAGACCCAGAACUUGCCUGCUGAAAUGCAAAAAAAAGAGAGACAGACAGAGAGAGAGACAGAGUUUGGAGGAAAAUGAAGCGUGGAUGAAAGUAGCGGAUGGCUGAACUGAGGGUUCAUUAGCAGCGUAACUGUAGUUGUGUUUCUGAAUGAAUCUGGCUGAUUGAUUGAUUAUUUAUUGGCUAUAUUAGCCUCACUGUUUGUGUGUUUCUGAGUUGAAGGUAAAUGUAGUGUAUCUAUCCGGUUAUUUGUUGAACCAUUCCUUUAUGAAAUGUAUUAAUUUCUCUAUGGCACUGAGUUUUAUGGAGUUUUAUUGCAGUUAUAUGAAUAUUAUUAGUGUUCAGCGACGCCUGUCUGAAACUGAGAACAUUGCACAUUGUUGUACUGAACCAAACAACGCAAGCACAUAACUGGCAUUUAAAUAGUGAAUGCGUUCUCCUCAGGAGUGGAUUUCUGUGUGUUUGUGUGUGUUUGGUGUUGUGUGGUUUACGCUUAAGCUAUAAACUGCUGUGUUUCUGUCGGCUGUUAAACCCGAGGUGAUGCUGGUGGUCGUGAUGCUGCUUGUGGGAUCUCGGUAGUUUUGCACAUAAAUUCCCAUCUUCAAAACUUGAAUAACUGUGUCUGGCUGCUGGUGUUGAUGAUGUUUUACAUAUUAAAGCAGAUUUACUGUGUGUCUAUUUACUGUGCUCUGCCAAGGAUCUUUUCAUUUCCCUUUUUGUUCUGACUGUUCAAAUCCAAUAAAUAGUCUAUUUUAUUCUCA